AUGGACAGCACACAACAGCAGCAGCGGGGUGAGAUUGUUUCGGGGUGUUUAUUCAGGCGAAGUCACGUGGGUCGUGGCAUUUCCCAGCAGCAGGAGGACGACUAUGGGGAAGGAGAAGAUGAUGCAGAGGUCCAGCAGGAAUGCCUACACAAAUUUUCUACCCGGGAUUAUAUCAUGGAACCCUCCAUCUUUAACACGCUAAAGAGGUAUUUUCAGGCGGGAGGGUCUCCAGAGAAUGUUAUCCAGCUUCUGUCGGAGAACUACACUGCUGUGGCCCAGACCGUGAACCUGCUGGCCGAGUGGCUCAUCCAGACAGGUGUGGAGCCAGUGCAGGUUCAGGAGACGGUGGAAAAUCACUUGAAGAGUUUACUCAUCAAACAUUUUGACCCCCGCAGAGCAGACUCUAUUUUUACUGAAGAAGGCGAGACCCCGGCGUGGCUUGAACAGAUGAUCGCACACACCACAUGGAGAGAUCUCUUCUACAAGCUGGCAGAAGCCCAUCCUGACUGUCUGAUGCUCAACUUCACGGUGAAGCUUAUCUCUGAUGCAGGAUACCAAGGGGAGAUCACCAGCGUAUCCACGGCUUGCCAGCAGUUAGAAGUGUUUUCGAGGGUGCUCCGUACCUCUCUAGCCACAAUUUUAGAUGGAGGAGAAGAAAACCUGGAAAAAAAUCUCCCUGAGUUUGCUAAGAUGGUGUGCCACGGGGAGCACACCUACCUCUUUGCCCAGGCCAUGAUGUCCGUGCUGGCCCAGGAGGAGCAGGGCGGCUCCGCCGUGCGCAGGAUCGCCCAGGAGGUCCAGCGCUUUGCUCAGGAGAAGGGCCACGACGCGAGUCAGAUCACGCUGGCCUUAGGCACGGCCGCUUCCUACCCCCGCGCCUGCCAGGCCUUGGGCGCCAUGCUGUCCAAAGGCGCCCUGAACCCUGCCGACAUCACCGUCCUGUUCAAGAUGUUCACGAGCAUGGACCCGCCUCCUGUGGAGCUAAUCCGGGUGCCGGCCUUCCUGGACCUGUUCAUGCAGUCACUCUUCAAACCUGGGGCCAGGAUCAACCAGGACCACAAGCACAAGUACAUCCACAUCGUGGCCUACGCGGCGAGUGUGGUGGAGGCCUGGAAGAAGAACAAGCGAGUCAGCAUCAACAAAGAUGAGCUGAAGUCAACGUCGAAGGCUGUCGAAACUGUUCACAACUUGUGUUGCAACGAGAACAAAGGGGCCUCUGAGCUGGUGGCAGAGCUGAGCACACUUUAUCAGUGUAUCCGGUUUCCAGUGGUGGCAAUGGGUGUCCUGAAGUGGGUGGAUUGGACUGUAUCAGAACCACGGUACUUUCAGCUGCAGACUGACCACACCCCAGUCCACCUGGCGUUACUGGAUGAGAUCAGCACCUGCCACCAGCUCCUGCACCCCCAGGUCCUGCAGCUGCUGGUCAAGCUCUUUGAGACCGAGCACUCGCAGCUGGACGUGAUGGAGCAGCUGGAGUUGAAGAAGACCCUGCUGGACAGGAUGGUUCACCUGCUGAGCCGCGGUUAUGUACUUCCUGUGGUCAGCUACAUCCGGAAGUGCCUGGAGAAGCUGGACACUGACAUUUCCCUCAUUCGCUACUUCGUCACUGAGGUGCUGGAUGUCAUCGCCCCCCCGUACACCUCUGACUUCGUGCAGCUCUUCCUCCCCAUCCUGGAAAACGACAGCAUCGCAGGCACCAUUAAAACGGAAGGCGAGCAUGACCCCGUCACGGAAUUCAUCGCUCACUGCAAAUCUAACUUCAUCAUGGUGAACUGACGUAGGCCAGCCUCCAGAGCUGAAGCAGAACCUUCCAGAACAGCUGUGGAAAAACCCUUUCGAGAAACUUGUUUGAAGAGGCUCCGUCGGCCCCUUGGAAGUGGACCCUGGUGGGAGGGGAGAGAUACUCGGCAGCGCCCGCGGGAACGGCUGUCGGGGAUGCCGCCCCUUCACCCUGUCAGCAGUGGCAUUUCGCUGGGGUGCUGGGUCCUCGUUCCUCUCGGGGUGACUCCAUUCUCCGGCCCGGGUGGAAGGAAUUCAAAAACAGAGACUAAUUGCUUCACUGGUAAGAACAGGUGUCAGAAUGAACUGCCUUCAAAGCUGACUUUUAAGUUUUCUCAAAAGAAGCAGAUUAGUGAAUUGAUAUUUUAUUGAAAUUGCUGUUGGUAAAUUAAAGCAAAUUAAAAAAAAAAUAAAGUCUUUUUGCUGGGUUGAAAGGUAUCGAGUCCGCUGUUCUGUUGUGCUCAUGUGUAAAUAAGGCACACUCAGGCUCAGUGCUUAUGUGGGGUCUUGUAUUUUAUUCGUCACUUGGGCAAUUAGAAAUCACUGCUACCCCUCUCCCCAAUGAUUCCAAGGCGACAGAAGAACUGGUGACAAAUCUGAAUUACUUUACCAUGUAAAUGCCAUGUUGGAGACCACAGCUGCC